AUGUUUACCAACAUGGGAGGAGCCGGACUCGGGCAGAAGCCCGGCGGCUUUCGUUUUGCAGGCGGUUGCGAGACGGCGCUGCGCGGGGACAUGGCUCGGGGACUCUUUCAUCUGCUCCUCGUGGUUGCGUUAGUUAUGGAAACACAUUGCAAAAAUGAUACAGAGAUUCCCAUACACACAGCACACAAUAAAUCUGUUACAAGGAAGAGAAACAUUGCUAAGCAAGAGAUUAUCUGUGCAGAGGAGGAGUACAUUUUAAAUGAUCAGUGCUGCAAGAAAUGUAGACAUGGUCAUGUCAAAAGUACUGAGUGCCCAAACACUCUAGCACAUUGUGUACCAUGCAAAUCUGGAGAGGAGUACAUGGAUCAUAUCAAUGAUUUGGACAAGUGUAUGAGAUGUCGUUCAUGUGACAUAGCACUUGGUUGGAAGGUUGUAAAGAACUGUACCCCAACAGAGAAUACAGAAUGCUCCUGUGCAAAGAACCAUUAUUGCAAUCCUCCUCAAUGUGAACACUGCGAGUCAUGUACCGUAUGUGAAAAUGGCCUAGUUGAAAAGGAAUGCACUUCAACUUCAGACACUGUGUGCAGAAUGCAAGAAGCAGGAAUGCCACCUUGGGGCACCGCAUUAAUUGCCAUAUUUGUGAUAGCAUUAGCAGCCGCAGCAGGAUUCAUAUUCUACCGUAAGAGAAAACGGGAGAAUAUUAUUACCCAAGGUAACACAGCCACUGGUAGAGACAGUUCUGAUGAGACUUUAACACUCGUAUCUAUAGAUGAUGAGCUGAGCCGCCAUAUCCCUGACAUCGUGAGGGAGAUGACGCUAGAUGAAGUCAAGACAUUUGUUCGUCAUCACGGGCUUUCAGAACCUACCAUAGAUGAAAUUAUCCAGGAUAACUUCAAUAACACAUCUGAACAGAAGAUUAAGCUCUUUCAGAAAUGGCACCAAAUGCAUGGGAUAAGAGGAGCCCACGGAGCCCUAAUAAGCAGCCUGAGAGAUUUAAAAAUGCGUGCACUAGCUGAUAAAAUUGAGGAAAAACUGAAGGCAGCUGUUUCAAGCCACCAGGAAAGGAGGGAGUCUUAUAAUGAUAAAACUAUGCAAAGCAAUUCCUACAGUCAGGAAGGUGGAAAAUCUUAUCACGAUAAUGCUGAAAUAAGUAAAACCUACCCUGAGAGUUUGGAAGAAACAUAGCAUAGAAUUAUAUUAAAAUUAUUUCUGACUGAAUUAGUAUUUUUUACUACUACAAAUAACAAAGCUUCUGAAAGCCAUUUUGUUGGCAGCUCAGGGAGUUUUUCAGGGUACUUAUAACACGAAGAAUAGUUUGGAUUUUUGUAAAGGUAUGUUUCCCUUAAAAAGAAGUCUUAACUGUUUAUUUUGAUUGUUAAAAACAGGACAGAUUUAUGGCUUAUUAAAGGUAACAAUAGAAGAGUUCAGCCAUAGGACUUGCUACAAAAAGAACAAAGUAGUCACUGGCAGAAAGGUUUAACUCAAAUGUGGUAGUCCUGAACACUGACUCAAUGUAGUGUUUCAAUUACAUUAUAAUUAUGGGAUGUUACAUUUUUCAAAGUGAAAAGUCUGAUGUUAAAAGUCAAUGAAAUAAACAAGGAAGAAUGAUUCAACAACAGCAAAAUAAUAAACUUUUGUAUAAUAUACCCCUAA